UUGCUUGCCUGACCGUCAUCACUGUCUACGUGGGGAUCAUGUCCAAGGAUCGCGAAUGGAUGCCCUAUUCGGACCGAAACACCGUCUCCUGGGGCUACGCGUUCACCGCCACGGCGGGCAUUCUGACCCUUCUAAGCAUAUUCUGCCUCAUUGUGGAUCAACUGGCGGACUACAGUGAACGCAUCUACCAGAAACUGCUGGCCGAAAAAGGUCUCAUUCCUGUCGUUGGCGGCGAACCCGUCAUUGGUGCCGGC